UGUCUUCACUCUAUCCUCAUGUCCUCUCCACUUGGAUACACUGAGUGAUCAGCUCAUUUUUGCUUUCCUGUUCUUACUUUGUAUAAGUUCAUUUUUCCUUCUUUACAAUAGCAAACAAUGGUUGCUGAAGGAAAUUAUGCUCCAUGUUCUGGAAUUUUUAGGGAUUUCACCAAUUGUUUCCAAAAAAACUGAGUUUGUGAUAAUCCUCGCAGAAGAAAUAUCUAGCUUGUGAAUGGCUUUAAGUCUUUUGAGAACAGAUUUUUUACUCUCGUAUUGGUGACAAAAUAAAAAGAAAUGUUGCCUCUUGGAAUUUCGGUUUUUGAUGCAAGAUCUUGCUGGGCAGCAGAGGGCCUACAUGACAUUUUUCUAUGUCAGUGCAAAAAAAGAAAGGCUGCCACUGCUAGAUUUGAGCCUCCUAAACUGGGAUUGCCACCAGAAGUUCUUCUCAAGCUGCAUCCCUAAAUAAAAGUUGCUAGGAUACCACUUGUGGGAUGCACAAAUAACACUGACUUUCAAAACAAAUGGCUGAAACUUAUUUUUUGCUCACACUUUGUUAUAAAUUGGUUACAUUUUGUUUGAACAUAUGCUACAUGGCUUGUUCAUUUUACUUGCUCCCAUAUAAAACUUCAUGCUGUAUAUUAUUAAAUUUUUUUUUAGCUGACAGUAGUAUUAGAAUAUGUUACUUCAGGGCAAAACAGGAAGUGAUUCUUUGAGUGAGUUGCCAGCGUGGUGAGUUACUUUAGCUGGCAACAGUGUCACUGGAUCUUCAAGCCUGUCCUACUAUUUUUAAGCACUAGGCUUAGUGGAGCGUGAAUGUGCAUCAUGCACCUUGUUGUUUCAUGCUGUUGAUAUACAUAGGACUAUACCUAGCCUCAUUUUUAUGCAUAGCCAAAAUACAUUUUUAGAUAAGAAGAGAAUGUUUACAAUCUGAGUAGCAAAUAGAUUUUAACUGCAAAAAAUGCCUGGGACAGUUCAGAAUUCAUUUUGCAUGUUUAGAAACAACAGGAUGCGCUGCUUCUGCUCUGCAAAGGUUUUGCUUUUCACUCCUAGACCAUCUAUCUGUAUGCAAGUUUCUGUCCCCUCUUCCCAGCUGGAAUGGCUGGUCAGGUCUUUCCUGUUCAUUGGCUAGCUGCGCAGUGUCGUCAAUGGGGGCGGUAGUACUGGGCCAGGGGUACUACAUUUGAACAGGAGGCUGCUUAUCUCCUUUCUCUUUGCACAUCUGAACUCUUGAGCACUACUUUCCUCAGACUGGCCGUGCAUAAGGGAGGACUAAUGGCUGAUCGAGUGCUUGUGAUUGGCAGUGGAGGGAGAGAGCAUGCGCUGGCCUGGAAGUUGGCCCAGUCUCCACAUGUAGAACAUGUGUUUGUUGCUCCAGGAAAUGCAGGAACAGCUGACAGUGGAAAAAUUUCCAAUUCAGCUAUUUCAGUCAGCAAUCAUGCUGUGCUUGCCCGGUUCUGCAGAGAUCAGGAGAUCAAGCUGGUUGUGGUUGGCCCAGAGGUUCCUCUUGCUGCUGGGAUUGUUGAUGACUUGACAGCAACUGGAAUAAGGUGUUUUGGUCCAACAGAAAAGGCAGCUCAGCUGGAGUCCAGUAAGAGCUUUACCAAAGCCUUUUUGGAUCGUCAUGGGAUCCCAACUGCGAGAUGGAAAUCUUUCACUGAUCCUAAAGCAGCAUGUAGCUUUAUUAACAGUGCAAACUUCCCUGCUUUAGUUGUAAAAGCUAGUGGCUUGGCAGCUGGCAAAGGAGUAAUCGUGGCUUCAAACAAGGAAGAAGCAUGCAAAGCUGUUACUGAAAUCAUGCAGGAUAAGACUUUUGGCACAGCUGGGGAAACUGUUGUUGUUGAAGAACUUCUUGAAGGAGAAGAAGUUUCUUGCUUAUGUUUCACUGAUGGCAUCACAAUUGCUCCCAUGCCUCCAGCCCAGGACCACAAGCGAUUAAUGGAUGGAGAUGAAGGCCCUAACACUGGAGGGAUGGGAGCUUAUUCCCCAGCACCUCAGAUUUCUAAAGAUUUACUGAAGGAAAUAAGAGAUACUGUUCUUCAGAAAACUGUUGAUGGCAUGAGGAAAGAAGGUGUCCCCUAUUUUGGCGUGCUUUAUGCUGGGUUAAUGCUUACCAAAGAUGGACCUAAAGUUCUCGAGUUUAACUGCAGAUUUGGUGACCCAGAAUGUCAGGUAAUUCUUCCACUGUUGAAAAGUGAUUUGUAUGAAGUUAUGCAAGCAGUUAUCAAUAAAAAGUUGUCUAGUUCCAUGCCAGUGUGGUUUGAAGACAGUGCAGCUGUGACAGUGGUCAUGGCUAGCGAAGGGUAUCCAGGAACAUAUCCCAAGGGUUUGGAAAUAACAGGACUUUCUAAGGCUAAGCAGCUAGGAUUGGAGGUGUUCCAUGCAGGCACAGCCCUGAAGGAUGGCAAAGUGGUGACUAAUGGAGGAAGAGUCCUUACAGUAACUGCUAUUAAAGAGGAUCUAAUGACAGCACUGCAAGAAGCCAACAAGGGAGUAGCAGCCAUACACUUCAAGGGUGCCAUUUAUAGAAAGGACAUUGGUUAUCGGGCUAUAGCUUUCCUGAAACAAUCCAGAGGCCUAACUUACAAAAACAGCGGGGUAGACAUUGCAGCAGGGAAUAUUUUGGUUCAGAAGAUUAAACCCCUAGCUGCAGCCACAUCAAGGUCAGGCUGCAAGGCAGAACUUGGAGGGUUUGCUGGCCUCUUUCAUGUGAAAGCAGCUGGUUACAAAGAUCCUGUCUUGGUAUCUGGAACUGAUGGCGUUGGCACAAAACUCAAGAUUGCACAAGUGUGUAAGAAACAUGACACCAUAGGUCAGGACCUGGUUGCCAUGUGUGUGAAUGACAUCUUGGCUCAAGGAGCAGAGCCCCUCUUCUUCCUUGACUAUUUUGCCUGUGGCAAACUUGACGUGGAAGUAGCUCAGCGUGUCAUUGGAGGAAUAGCUGAAGCUUGCAAAAAAGCAGGAUGUGCACUUUUAGGAGGAGAAACUGCUGAAAUGCCAGGCAUGUAUCCACCCGGAGAGUAUGACCUGGCUGGCUUUGCUGUUGGUGCAGUGGAGCGAGGGCAGAUGCUGCCCCAGCUGGAGAGAAUUGCUGAUGGCGACGUGGUCAUUGGAGUAGCUUCUUCAGGGGUUCACAGCAAUGGGUACAGCCUUGUAAGGAAGAUUGUGGAAAAGUCAUCGUUUGAUUUCUCUUCUCCGGUUGAUGUCUCUGGUGAUCAGACAUUAGGAGAUCUCUUGUUAACCCCAACAAAAAUCUACAGUAAGACUCUGUUGCCCAUUCUUCGCUCAGGCCAUGUGAAAGCCUAUGCCCACAUCACUGGAGGGGGCUUGCUGGAAAACAUCCCCAGAGUUCUCCCGGAGUCCUUUGGUGUCGUUUUAGAUGCUCUUACUUGGAAGAUUCCUGAAAUCUUUUGCUGGCUCCAUAAAGAAGGGAACCUUUCUGAGGAGGAAAUGACUCGGACAUUUAAUUGUGGCAUCGGUGCUGUCUUGGUAGUUCAGAAGGAGCUGGCUCAGCAGGUCCUCAAGGACAUAAAGAGACAUGAGGCAGCCUGGCUGAUCGGGAAAGUUGUCUCCCUUCAAAAAGGCUCUGCCCGUGUUAAAGUCCAUAAUCUGCUUCAGGCGUUGCAGGCAAAUAGGUCAUUGUCUCUGCACAGCCAUAUCCAAGGCAAAAUCCAAACAAACAAAGUGAAGGUUGCUGUCCUUAUCUCUGGAACAGGCACAAACCUGGAAGCCCUCAUAAACAGCACAAAGAAACCCACCAGUUUUGCACAAAUAGUUCUUGUUAUUUCUAACAAAGCUGGUGUGGAGGGGUUAAGGAAAGCUGAAAGAGCUGGUAUUUCUACAAGGGUUAUUGACCAUAAAUUGUAUGGAAGUCGCACUGAAUUUGACAGUGCCGUUGACAAAGUCCUUGAAGAAUUCUCAGUUGAACUGAUCUGCCUGGCUGGAUUCAUGCGAAUACUGUCAGGUCCUUUUGUCAAAAAAUGGGAAGGAAAAAUACUGAACAUACACCCAUCUCUACUGCCUUCUUUUAAGGGCGCAAAUGCCCACAAGCUGGUGUUACAGGCGGGAGUGCGAGUCACAGGCUGCACUGUACAUUUUGUAGCUGAGGAAGUCGACGCUGGAGCUAUCAUUUUCCAAGAGGCAGUUCCAGUUAAGGUUGGUGACACAGUGGAGACCCUGUCCGAAAGGGUGAAGGAGGCUGAGCACCGAGCCUUCCCCGCUGCCCUGCAGCUCGUGGCCAGCGGGGCCGUGCAGGUUGGGGAAGCCGGCAAGAUCUACUGGAAGUAGGAGCAUCAUGUCCACCAGUGUCCUCAGGUGGGGCAGCUGCGUGCCUUAACUGAUCGAGAGAGAGGUCACAGACUAGUAACGUGGACACUGUAUUCCCUUCACAUAGUGUUUUCAACAUAGAGUUUACCAUGUCAUGUUCUCACGCAAAUGGUUAGAGAUUCAAAGGAAAAUACGGAGAAAUCUGGAGAAGGAAUGGGAAUAUUAAGGCAGGGGGCUGUUCUCAGUAGUUUCAGUGAUGGCUCUGUUACAUGUUUCCUAAUUAUAAUCACUUCAUUUGCCAAUAUUUGGGCUCUCAAUCACUUUCUUAACAAACAAAAAACCCAUUCUCUUGGUUGCAGAGAGAUCUGAGCAUCUCUGAGGUCGACUUGGGAACGUCAGUAUUACUCUCUAGCAGACUGUAUGGACUGUAACAGGAUCCUCUUCUCAUGUGCUGUAAAGUGUUUGUGGGGAAAAGUAAUGGAACUGGUACAACGUGGGAGACAGCUAAA